AUGAAGCAACAGACGAAGCUGAACGCGAUUCGAUCAGGGCUGGUGGUGAUGGGGGCUUCAGCUUUUGGGUACUUGACAAUGGAGAUCGGCUUCAAACCUUUCCUCCUUAAAGCGCAAGAAGAAGAGCGACAGAAACAACAACAGGAAUCUCACACGCCUCCUCCAGAAGAAUCACAAACCCACGAAUCUUAUUGA